AUGGGGGCUUGUAGUGGAAUAUGUGGAUAAAGCAAUACAGAUCACACAAUAGUUAAUGCAAAUCAUGCAAAUCAAUCAGAUGUGGAGUAAUAAAUUGAUUAAGGCCUCAAAGGAUCAGGCCAUUCAAUCAGAUAGUCUCAACAAUCUUCAGAUGUGAAUGUUCCUUAAGUUCAUUAGGAGAAUGAUUAUUAUGAAUAACUAAAGCGAUCAAAUUAGAGGUUUGAAGAAAUAAAAACUUAAUUACAACAUGAUUCUUUUCUUGAAAAAUGCGAACCGGUCACUCUAGAAACAGGAGCAAUUUAUACUGGAUAGUGGAAAGAUGAAUAAAGAAAUGGGUGGGGAAGAUAAGUUUGGCCAGAUUAAUCAGUAUAUGAGGGAGAAUGGGUUAAUGAUAAGGCUUGUGGUAGAGGUAAGUUAAUACAUGCAGAUGGAGAUAUUUAUGAUGGUGAAUGGGCUAAUGAUAAAGCUAAUGGUUUUGGAAGGUAUUAUCAUAGUAAUGGAGCAACAUAUCAAGGAUAAUGGAAAGAUGACAAAUAAGAAGGAUUUGGUGAAGAAACUUGGCCAGAUGGAUCUAAAUACAAAGGAUAGUAUAUAGAUGGUAAAAAGCAUGGUAAAGGAAGAUUAGAAUUUAUUGAUGGUUCCUUUUAUGAUGGAGAAUUUUAAGCAAAUGAUAUCCAUGGGAAAGGUAUGGAAUUAUAUUUAUUUAUUUAGGUUUGUAUGUUUGGGCUGACAAGAGGUAAUAUAAUGGAGAUUGGUAUAAGAAUAAAAUGCAUGGAUAUGGAUUAACUAAAUGGCCUGAUGGUAGAUCUUAUGAGGGAGAGUAAAUUAUUAAAUUUAAUAUAUUAUUAGAUAUAAAGAAGAUAAAAAACAUGGGCAUGGUACCUUUAUUUGGAGUGAUGGUAGAAAAUAUAUUGGUUAAUGGGUUGAUGGAAAAUAAUAAGGUUAAGGAGUCUUUAUUAAAUCAGAUGGGACAACAAAACGAGGUGAAUGGGCAGAUGGUAAGAGAAUUAAAUGGAUAGAUGUUUAAAAAGACAGUUAAUGA